CCCUGACUGACGAUUAAGCGCCCACCUUUUGCGGUACACGAGUUGAGCAGGCGUGCUUAUUGGUAGGAUGCACACAUGUGUUGCUGCCGUGAGACAUGCAAGGCCGAAACGAACAGUCGUCUGCUCGGAAGCGCUGGCUGGUUCAUCUACGGCGACUGGGUUGGGGCUUGUUUCAUGCUGAAGUGAGGGUUGUGUGUUGGCGGUGAUGUGGUGCAGGUAGGUAUAAGGUGUGGAUAGCGCCGCAGGACGCUGUGGUAAAGCUGUGGUACUGUCGUUGACGUGUUGCUGUUGUUUUGUUGUUGUUCUUGUUACUCCUGCUGUUCCUGUUCUUGCCUCUUUCUCUGCUCGAUUACUGAAGUUUGGCACGCGCUGCGUCGUCAUGUUGAGUCUGCGCGCACGCUUUGGCGCCCUGGCUGCGCUGGUAGCUUUCUUCCCAGUGCUCAUCGCGGCCCAAAACACUAAUGCUACAGCCGCAUCGACGUUCUUUCUCUCCGAAACAGAAACCCAAUUCUCAGUCAACAUCGCAAACGAUUCAAGUGAUGUUUUCAUAUACUUCACCAGCCCAGCAUACUCUUGGGUUGGUGUGGGCUUUGGAGCGAAGAUGGAGAAUAGCUUGAUGUUUAUCAUGUAUCCAGACGCUGAUGGUAACAACGUAACAAUUUCCCCACGUCUCGGCUCCAAAGCCUCCGAACCAACCUUUUCGCCAAACGUUGCGGUCGAAAUACUCCCUGGCACCCAGAUCAACGACUCGAUGCUCAUCCUGCACGCGCGUUGCCGCAACUGCCGCGUCUGGCCCAAUGGCUUCCUCGACACCAAAACCGAUGCUCACCCUAUGAUCUACGCUUUCGGUCAUGGAAACAGAUUGUACUCCGAUUCCCCGUCCGCAGGCCUCAAGCGGCACAUUCGCUACGGCCACUUUACCAUGGAUAUGGUAGCCGCGACGGGCGAGGGCCGAGUACCGAGUAAAAGUGCAGUGAGUGGUGUGCGGAUUGGAGGGGAAAUGGUGCGGGACCAUGAUCGAGCGAAUCUUGCGCAUGCGAUUGUCGGGUGUCUGGCCCUAUUUCUCAUAUGGCCACUGAACGUCAUCUUUGCUGGAUUCUUCAAAAACAUCAAGAUUCACAUUGGCGUGUCGGUCGUGGUCAUGGCGUUCCUGCUCGUUGCGUACGCGCUGGGGGGUGUUACGAGUGCGCAGUACAACCGCUCCAAAUCAUUCAACUCGCCCCACCAGAUCACGGCUUUCAUUUCCCUUCUCCCCAUCCUGCUCAUCAGCAUUCUCCCCCUCCCUUCAGUCUCAAAACUCCACGCCAAAAUCCCGAGUCUCCACACCCCACUCACAUCCGUCACUUUCGUCCUCCUCGUCCUAACCGGCGGACUGGGUCUCCAUCUCUCUUCUCAAGCGCGCCCCGUCAUCCUAGGCUACACCGCCGUAGCCCUCAUGGUCUUCGUCUUCAACACCGUUCUUCAAACCUGCAUACGGCGGCGCGGCUCCGCUCAUGCGCGGGCAGCAAACCGGAAAACACCAGGCGAAACUGACGACGAUCGAGAUCUCAUGUUGGGCAAAAUGGUAGAGAGCCGGAGUACUAGCUCGACGAGUCUGGGGGCAGGAGGAGCACCGCCUGCUUAUGGUGCACCGUACUAUGGGCGUGGUGAGAAUAGGGAAUUUGGCGCAGAUGGCCAGCAGCAGAGGAGUCCGGGUCGGGUUAAUGGCUACGGAGGAGGGACCAUGCCUGGGCCGCAGUACUUGCUCAAUAUGCAUCCUGGUGUUCCGGUGCAGGUUAGUCGGAUGUGAUAUGGGAAAAGAAUGCCGGGAGAGAGAUCUUGAUAUGUUGUAUGACUAGCACGUGGUGUUACUGGCGUUGGGCAUCUCAUUUAUCUUUUUGAGAUGGAUGUUACCUAUUGGUUCUUUGGGGUUCGUUUGGCGUUGGAUUGCGAGAUACCAGGUCUGUAAGCGUGCCAUUUUUGUGGCACUUUGUGUAGUGCGAAUGAACUGAGCCACAAUUGUUUUUGAGGAUAAUAAAGUGAACUGUAUAUAUUUAUACGGCAUUCGACCGAACACUCUAUGUUGCAACUUCACCACCCUAGUGCUGUACGGAUAGCUGCAGUCAGCACCACAGCCUCAGCAGCAUGCGUUGUAGGAGUAGGAUGAUAAUCGCAGCCAACAUCCGCUCCUUGCGAAGGCCAGUCAAUAAAAUGCAGACGCGUGCCAUUAAGUUGCGUA